GAAUCUAUGAAAAUAAAAUGGUUGAGGAUAGAGAAUGUAUAAAAGAUGUACUCUUUCUUUAGUGUUGUGAAGCGCCGUGCGUAGAAAUUAAAUGACUAAUUAGAAACUGAAGGACAACAAUCUUUACUAUUUAUGAUUUUUAUUUAAUAUUUAAUAAUAAUGGUAAAGUUUUUAUAUAAUGUAAAACAAAAUUUAGAAGAAACAUCCGAGUUAGGUUUGAAAUCGUUGAACUCAACACCAAAAUAAUCGCUAUGGUGAAAGGUGUAGUUGGAGAAGAAACUCGAUUCCAAUCGCUUGAAGAUCGUCUCACCCAAUCUUCACCUCCAGCCGAGGUGGGUUUACUGAUAGGAAAAUUCAGUCCCACUUUGGAUCGCAUCUUUCUCUUCGAUUUGAUUCCAACUCCUCACAAUGAUUCCGGCGAACCCGCUUCUUCCAUCACUAACCCCGACAAAAAAACCGCUUCCAAAUCCAAAUCUCAAUCCUCCGAUUCUUCUUCUUUGUUCAUUGAUAAGGAUUGGGUUUCCGAACACGCUCGUCAGGUGUCUAGAAUGUUGGUCGGUGGUAUUAAGGUUGUUGGUGUGUAUGUUUGGGUCAGUGAUGUUGCUUUCAAGAAUUCAACCAUAAUGCUUUGCCAGACUGUGAAGGGAGUUGCCGAUGCAGCGCCAGUUUCUGAGGGUAAUUGGGGUGAAAGACUGCUUCUUCAAAUUUGUUAUGGCCCAAGGAGGUGGAAUUGUAGAAACUGUUCGCUAUCUUCAAAUAUUACAUCUAGUAGUUUACGCCCUUGUGAUUUUAAAAUGGGGAAGGUCUUAAGUUAUUUUCAAACUUUUAGGUGUAUGCACAACUUUAACCUUAGGUUACCCAUAUUUCAUGAUGAUACAUCCAAGUUCCAGACAUUGAGUGACGUUCUUCGUCAUGCAAUAUCUGUUCAUGCCAAAGAGCUUUCAGAUGCAAAAGCCCUGAUCGAUGGUAAAUUGGUUCUUGAUAAUGAGCCAUGCUCAUCAGAUGGUGUGCACGAAGUUGAAUUGCUUAUACCAUUUUUGAAUAGUAUUGAAGCAUGUAGCCAAAGAGAUGUUUCUGGUAUUCUUUCAUUUAGUGGUACAAUAUGUUCUUUUGCGUAUCUGAAUUCAAAAGAGCCAAUUUCACAAGCGGUCACUGAUAUAAAGGGAGAUAUCAUUACAAGUUUGCAAAGUAGAUUGGAUAUAAUCCGUGAUGAGACAGAUGUUGAUUCAGGUAACGAUCAUGAUGUUGGAGGGCAAGUAAGUGACGAUGUAUCAGUUGAAAAGCCUGUUUCCCAACUAGUGCUGCACUUAUUGAGAAAAGAAUGCAGCCUUCCUUUUCCUAGAAGAGUUUUUGCACCAUGGUUAGCAGGGACAUAUGUGUGUGAUUACUUGCAGCCUUCUGAAACUGUUGAGGUUUUAAAAGAUCACUGUAUGGAGUUGUUAUCAAUGAAAGCUCCAACUGAUGUCUCUACAAUUUUGGAGCCAGAAAAAGAAGUCAUAUCUUUCAAAACUAAAUCUUUCUGGGAUAUAGCAGUGCCCUUUUAUUCAGGAAUUCAGCUCAAGGAGGACAAGAAGAAACUUAAUGGCAGAGGGGAGAGUUCUAGUAAUAAAUCCGUGAAGCAAGGUCAAAUUAGUGUUGUAGCUGCUGGUCUCAUCCUUCUACUAUCUAUUUUAGUUGGUUUGGUGAUAUUUGUCCUUAAGGGUUAAGGGCUUUAUCCUUCCUUCAUAUAUAGUUUACAAAACUGCUGGCUUUGACAACUUUUAUACUUUGAAAUUUUACAACAGCAUGGAAAAAAAGUAUGAAGUCAUGAAGAAGAUAUGGUCCAAUAGAUUUUUGACACUCUUCGCCUGGAAUCAACAGCAAUAACAAAAUCUGAAUCACGCACUUGAGGAUUAUGGAAAAUUUUAUUUUAAUUGUUUUUUUUGUGAUAACAGUAUAAAAUCUCGGAUGAUGGUGUCGUUUAAAUUUAACGAUGAAAAUAUGCAGUGUUUUUUAUACUCGAAAAACAUGUCUUCGGGAAA